GUCCGACCCAGAAGUCUCUCUCUCUCUCUCGCUCACACCCAUCCCCAAAUAAGAAGUGAACCCAAGAACCCAUAUCGACUGGAGCGCGGAAUUUCAGCUGUGAUCGUGACUAGGCUAUUGAAGCUUUGAUUCUUUGCUGAAAGAUCGUUUAUCCAGCUCUGAGAACUUCAAAUGGAAGAUGAAUGGAAAAUUACUGAGGCCAUGCCACAGCUCAUGGUGGCUUCAGAAAAAGCAUUUGAAGCUGCAGAUUUCUAUGAACUCUUAUUUGGAGCACAGAAAACUCGAUACAAUGAGUUUCCCAUGCAGAGUCGAACGUCUGACAGGUACUGCCGGGUUGCAUGUGUGGAGCUCACAAUAGGUUCCAGCCCUCUUGUGGUGAGGGAUUUUGACAGUAUAAACAGUAGGGUUGUGAGAGAUGUAAAUUCAUGGGUUUCCACUUCCCUCUGCCUUCAAUGCUUGAACCUGGACCUUAUGAUGGCAAGGGCUGUCAGUAUAGGCUGCACAGUUCUUAAAGAAAUUUUGGAGGAUCCAGUUCGUCCUGGUGUGAUGGUCGGCAUUAUAAGAGAUCCAUUUGGUCAUGUAUGGGAGCUCAGCAACUCAUCUUAUGGUGUCUCAGGAGAGGGUUUCAUGAACACUGAGUGCAUGAACGUGUUGCUUCAAGGUUGGAGCAAGAGUAAGAGGGAGGAGAACAAAGGGCUGUUUGAAACCUAUGAUUUCACACCAAUGGUUGGGUCCUGUGAGACAAAGAAGAAUGCAGCACAUAUAGUCAGUACGUGCAGACAUCAAGGUCCCUUAUUUGACCCCAUUCUUUUUUAUUGCAAAUACAUGUUAAGUACAAAUCAUAUCUCUCUUUGGUAAAGGGAAGACCGCUAGAAGUCAUUUGGGGCUGCGGGGUUUUGGAUAACAGGUAAUUUGAACAGAAAUCUCCUGGUUUUUGGCAUCAUAUUAUUCUUAAAUACAGUUAAUUAAUUUUCACAUCUCUCGGUUAAGUACAAAUCAUAUCUCUCUUUGGUAAAGGGAAGACCUCUAGAGGUCAUUUGGGGCUGCAGGGUUUUGGAUAACAGGUAAUUUGAACGGAAAUCUCCUGGUUUUUGGCCUAGAUUCUCUUUUUCAACACUUCACCUCCCUGUUGCAGUCUGCUUUUUUCUUCCUUUGUUUCUUGUUGCUGUGAACAUUUUGUCCACAGUUUUUGUUUCUCUCUUAUCAAUACAGGUUUGGUUAUGGGCAAAAGAAAAAAAAGUAAUUUACCAGAAGGCAUCGGUUUCUCAUCUACUUGCUGCAAAUUCUGGUGGUUAAUGGUUAAGGGUGAGGUUUUGGGAUGAUAGGCAGUCUAGACAAUGCUACAAGAGCAGCUGAAUUACAAAGGAACACUUGUGGGGCUUGCUGAUCCAUCUACUUCCUUCAAAGACAGAGAAAGAUGCAUCGAGAAAGGAGCAGAUUUUGUUGUGGAAAAGCCCCUGAAUUUGAAAAAGCUUACCCACAUUAUGUUCAAGGCUCUGAAGAAGAAGAAAAAGGAGAAGAUGAAGGAACAAUAGUGCAUGAAGCAUGUGUCAUGAGGAGCACAGACAAGGGUGCCUGUCAGAUGAGGGCUGAAUAUGUGAAUUGGACAUGCUAAGGCUCAAGUGCUCCCAAUUACUCAAUUGCAAAUACGUCUGUCAAAAACAAGAUUAUUUCUGUAAAUACCUCAUAGGAUGAACAAUUGAAAGGAUGAAAGCCAAGUCAGUGUGGUGACAGGAUGCUUCACUGUUACAAUAUAGUAGUUAAGGUACUGAAAUUCUGAUGUGUAUGAGCUUAUACUGGUUAAAUCUGUCAGUCAUAGCUUAAAGAUUGUGGUAUAAAAGUUUGAUUCAAAAGAAAUGUAUGAAGGUUUCUGAAAUCAAGGGGUGUAAUGGUGUAUUGUGCCUCCUGCGAAACAAAA